AUAUUUCUAAAUUAUUUGGUACUGGUAGCGAAACCUUAUUUCUGGAAACUUUGAAAUAUGUGGUCCAGUGGAAUAGCUUUACUACUCCUCGUCGUUUCUGUCCGCGGUGUCCCAGGAAGUGCUGAAAUAAAGGAAAAGGUUUAUCAGCAUUUGUGUGAUGGAAAUCAGAAUUUUCGCCAAAAGAUGUCAGAAUGCCUGAACAUAAUGCCAUUGGAGAAACAAGUAAUCCUCAAAGGAUGUGCGAUUGUAGUUCUAAACAUAACAUCUGGAGACUACAGUAGAAUUCUACCAGAAAUGUGCAGAAAUAAAACGGAAGCUGAUCAGGUUUCAAACUGCAUACACCAUUUCCUGCAUGAUCAUCACCACCACCACAACGAGGACUUUGAUCAUCAUCAUGAUCAUGGACACGAUCACGAUCAUAGUGAGGAAGAGGAUGAGGAACAUGAUCUCCACGACUCAAACUAUGAUGGUGAUAAUUUUGGACAUCGCCAUGAGCAUUUGGAUUUCUUUGAUGAGGAUGAAAAUUCUGAAAUGGCUUCUAAGGAUUGCCUAAGAAAAUUAUAUGCUUCUUACAAUAUUACCGAUGAAAGAGAAGAAAAGGAAGAAUAAGCUUCAGAACUUCAAUAAAUUUUUACUUGAAGAAUAAAAUUGUUUUAUUAAGAGAA